GUGACUUUAUUUAUAACUAUGGGAUUAUUUUAUUAACAUGUAACAACAGUAAUUAAUUUAAAUUCUUCGCGCCAUCAACGUAGACUGAAUUUUAUUCUGUCAGCUGUCUGCCUAUCUGUGUCCGUGACCGGUGACGUUUUAUAUUAUAUUAUUAUAUUAUUAUGAUUUAAAAAUUUAUCCGGCUUUGCCGUGUAACCUCAAUUACGAAAGGUGUCGCCUAUGAAAAUUUGAAAAAAACGAAUACAAUUCACUAAGUGAGUAAAUACUUUGAUGCGAUUUUGAUAAAGAAAUGAAGUGGAACAUCAAGGAAGGAUUCUUUGAAAGCAAUAAAGAUUUACUUAACUUAAAUUGAAGACUAAUUUGACUUAUAGUAUAAGUCAACAUGAGUCGGUUUUUUGCUACUGGUUCUGACUCUGAAUCAGAAACUUCCUCUGAGGAAGAGCAGAUUCAGCGAGCACCAGCAGCAGCUUUCACAUACAGUGAUGAUGAAGAAGACACCAAACGUGUAGUUAGAUCAGCUAAAGAAAAGAGAUAUGGGGAGAUAAAAAAUGCCAUUAAACUUAUAGGAAACCAAAAAAAAAUCAAAGAUAUUAAUCCCAUGCUUAAUACUUUUGAAGAAAUGACGAAAGCUUAUAGUAAAGCUGGGCCUGUUAUAUCUAGCAUGGAAAAUGGGAAAACUCCCACUUUUUACUUCCGUGCUUUAGUUGAGCUGGAUGAUUUUAUCAAAGAAGUUUGGAAAGAUACAGAUGGACGCAAAAGCAUGUCAAAAAGUAACUCUAAAGCGUUAUCAACCUUGUGGCAAAAGCUUAAAAAGUAUAUCAAAGAAAAAGAUUUUGAAAAAGAAAUAGAAGCUUUCAGGGUAAAUCCACCUAAAGAUGAUGAUGACGAUGAAGAAGAAAGAGUUGAAGAAGCUGAUUCUGAUGAUGAAGAUAAUGACCAAGUAAAUGAUUUUAAAAAACAAGAACCAAUUCCUGAUGUUGCCAAGUUUAAAAAAGGAGCAGAUGAUGGUAGUGGCAGCGAUUCAGACUGGGGUAGUAGCUCUGACGAUGAGAGCUCUAGUAACUCUGAUGAUGAUAAACCUCAUGCUGCAGAUUAUUUUAGAAAAAUGCAGAAAGGUGGAGGAGAUGAUGAGCAAAAGCAAGUUAAAAAAGAUCUUCGUAAAGAUCGCAAAGAAAAAAAUAAAAAAAAGAAAAGAGAAGAGGAUGAUGGUGAAGGAGAAUGGGAAACUGUUAAAGGAGGAGUUGCCAUUCCAUUAGAAAAACCUAAAAUGUUUGCCAAGGAUGCAGAAAUUAACACAGCUGCUGUUUUAAAGAAGCUGAAUGAAAUCAUUGCUGCUCGAGGCAAAAAAAGGACUGAUAGAAGAGAACAGAUAGAGCUGUUACAUGAGUUGCAAGCAAUUGCUGAAAAUCAUAAUCUUACUACUGCACUGGUUAAAGUUAAGUUCUGCAUUGUCUCGUCUAUCUUAGAUUAUAACCCAAAGGUAUCUGAUGCUAUGAAAAUAGAAUACUGGUCAAAAAUUUUGGAGCGCAUUUCCGAAAUGUUGACUUUACUCUUGAGUACCAAUGAUAUUAUUUUAACUAAAUCUAUCCCUGAAGAUGAAGAAGAGUAUGAAAAAUCUCCUUUUAAACUGCAUGGCUGUGUACUCACUUUAGCAGAAAGAUUAGAUGAAGAAUUUAUCAAACUUCUCAAAGAAUGCGACCCCCACAGCAAUGAAUAUGUUGAAAGACUAAAGGACGAAAAUCAAGUUUGCACUAUUAUUGACAAAGUGGAAGAGUACCUGGAGAGACAAGGAACUCCAUCAGAACUUUGCCGUAUUUAUAUUCGUAAAAUAGAGCAUUUAUACUACAAAUUUGAUCCAAUUGUUUUGAAACAAAAAGAUGGUGAAAUUCCGGCUGAUGCUCUCACCUCGGUAAAAGUCAUGGAUAAAAUGUGUAAAUACAUUUACAGCCACGAUGAAACUGAUCGCCUCAGAACUAGGGCUAUUUUGUCUCAUAUUCAUCACCACUCCAUUCAUGAUAAUUGGUUUAAAGCCCGUGACUUAUUCCUCAUGUCACAUUUGCAAGAAAACAUUCAUCAUUCUGAUCCAGCCACACAAAUUUUGUACAAUCGAGCCAUUGCUCAUCUCGGGCUCUGCGCGUUUCGUCAUGCAAACAUUAAAGAUGCUCACCAUUGCCUUCUUGAUUUAAUGACGACUGGCAAAGUAAAGGAACUCUUGGCUCAAGGUUUGAUGCCUCAAAGACAACAUGAGCGCAGCAAAGAGCAAAAAAAAAUUGAGAAACAACGUCAAAUGCCCUUCCACAUGCACAUAAAUUUGGAAGUACUCGAGUGUGUGUAUCUGGUUUCGGCUAUGCUCAUUGAAAUUCCGUAUAUGGCUGCUCAUGAGUUUGAUGCUAGGAGCAGAAUGAUUUCCAAGACCUAUUACCAGAAACUAAGAUUGAGCGAAAGUCAGUCGCUAGUCGGACCUCCAGAAUCCAUGAGAGAACAUGUUGUGGCUGCUUCAAAAGCUAUACGUAAUGGAAACUGGGCUGCUUGCAAUAAUUUUAUUAUCAAUGAAAAAAUGAAUGGAAAAGUUUGGGAUCUAUUUUAUCAGGCCGAUAAAGUUAGAGCAAUGCUGACCAAGCUCAUUAAAGAGAAGGCUCUGAGAACAUACCUUUUUACUUAUUCUCAUUUUUAUGAUUCCAUAUCGAUGCCAACUUUAGCCCUUAUGUUCGAGUUAGAAAAGGCAACUGUUCAUUCAUUCAUAAGUAAAAUGAUUAUCAACCAAGAGCUGAUGGCGUCGCUGGAUGAACCUUCCGAGGCUAUCGUGAUACACCGCAGUAAACCAAGUCGUUUACAAUUUUUGGCUUUGCAGCUCACAGACAAAGUCAACAACUUUGUCGAUUCAAACGAACGCAUUUUUGAGAUGAAACAAGGAAACUUCCGAAAUCAAGGAAACUUCCGCGAGCUUAAUAACUUCAAUAGGCAAGAUUGGGGAGGUCGUCAAAGACGUGAACGUAAUCGUAAUAAUGAUGAAAGGAACAACUAUUAA